AUGACAGCACUUAGACCAAGGACUUACUCAAAGAAAAGCGUUCCUAGGGACGACCACCCACUCUCGUUCCUUGGUUGUUGGUGUAUUGGCUCUUUGGUUCCCGGUCAAAGCAGGUCGUUCACUAGGGUGCAGCUUAAUUACCUAGCCGUCGCUUCCGAUCUUGGGAAGGUGUUCGGGUGGUCGUCGGGGCUUGCGUUGAUGUAUUUCCCGCUUUGGACGGUGCUUUUCACGGCGGCGUUCAUGGGGUUCGUCGGUUACGGAGUCCAGUGGCUGGUCAUAACUAACUUCGUCUCCUUGCCUUAUAUUGUGAUCACUUGCUCUUUCCCUCACAGUAAGCUUCAACGGUGUAAGCGCUGCUUUAUACACAACCCAACCUCUCCAGAGCAGUACCUUCUCUUAAACGCUCUCAUACCUCUCGUUAUCUCUUUCGCUGCAAUCAUCCCUAUUCUUCGCCAACCGCCUUUUGAGCCUCUUCCACUAGAUGGAGUUCGCCGUGACUCCCUCAUGUUUCUAUUGCUCAACAUCCUCGCCGCUUUAAACGGCGUUUACCUCCUCCUCUUUGAGUCAAACUCCUCUGACGUAACCUCUGCUGGUCUCCUCUUCGGUGGAGCUAUCAUUCUCUUGAUCCUCCCUUUAUGUAUCCCCGGUUUAGUCAUCGCACGUAACUGGUAUCUUCGCACGAUCCACGCUAGCUUCCGUCUCGAAGGUUCUGGUUUCAUUCUUGUUGAUCUUGAUGAGCUUGAGUUGCAUAUAUGGAUGCUUGCGCAAGAAGCUGGCCGAGAAAGCUACCAGUUCCUGAACGAAGAUGUUGUGCAAAACACAGUUAAGACUAUAGCUGCGGAGGAAGGUGAUGCUGAUGAGUUGCUUAUCACAAGAGGCCAGCUUGACGUUUUGGGAACUGAACAUUCUUUGAAGCAGCUCUUAUGCAGAGUUGACUUCUGGUUAUUGUUGACAUGA